CCAAGAUAAUAAUGCCCAUAACCAAAAUAAUGAAACACCAAAUUAUUCUAUGCAUUUAAAAGCAUCUAUAGCAUAUAUAUAUAUAACUAACUACACUUAACUACAUUAACUGCAUUAAACUGUUCUGCUCAACAGCCUUAAAAUCUUUAGACAAACAAAACCACACUGUGAGUUAAAGUUAUUAUUAAAUAUCACAGCUCUGCACACACGGAAGCCGGAUGUUAUUUUGAUGCAAACUAGAGUGAUGAAACGUCACUGCGUCAUCACGCUAGACAGCCAAAAAAAAAAAGAAAAAGAAAAAAAAAGAUACCGUUAUUUCCCUGCACAUGGUGUCGACCAUAGACUGUAAAAAAAGACAAGGAAAAAGAUUAAAAUUUCUCAUGUAUCAAGAUCUGCAAUGAUUUUAUUCGGAGAAAUAAUGAAAUUGAAGCUUCUCCUUUGUUUCCUGUCAUUGCUCUGGUGUUUACUCGAUCAUGGAGUGUCUGGUGUGGAUUCAGUAGAAGUGUCAGUGGUUGAGGGAGAUUCAGUCACUCUACACACUGGUGUUCAAACAAAUCAUCAAGACAGAAUUAGAUGGUAUUUUAAUGGCUCUCGCAUCGCUCAAAUCAAUGGCGAUCAGAGUAAGAUCUGUACAGAUGUUCAGUGUAAUGAAGGUACUGAGAGAUUCAGAGACAGACUGAAGCUGGAUCAUCAGACUGGAUCUCUGACCAUCAUGAACACCAGAAACACUGACUCUGGACUUUAUGAACUGAAGAUCAGCAGCGGCAGCAGCGAGAGUGAAAAGAUUUUCAGUGUUUCCAUCCGUGGUGGAGUGUUUGUGAUAGAGGAAGAUUCAGUCACUCUACACACUGGUGUUGAAAUGAACCAAGAAGACAGAAUUAGAUGGUAUUUUAAUGACACUCUCAUCGCUCAAAUCAAUGGAAAAAGUGAAACAUGUACAGAUGUUCAGUGUAAUGAAGGAACUGAGAGAUUCAGAGGCAGACUGAAGCUGGACAAUCAGACUGGAUCUCUGACCAUCAUGAACAUCACAAACACACACACUGGAGAUUAUGAUCUGAAGAUCAUCAGCAGUGGCAUCAGCGACAGUGAACAGAUCUUCAGUGUUAUUGUCAUUGGUGUUUCUGCUGCUGAACGAAAUAAAAUGAAGAGAAAGUCUGUGGAGGAGGGAGAAUCUGUCACUUUUGAUCCUGGUGUAGGAAGAAAAUCAAAAGCUAUGAUGUGGUAUUUUAAAGACACUCUCAUUGCUAAAAUAAUUGGAGAUCAGAGUCAGAUCUGUACAGAUGUUCAGUGUGAUGAGAGAUUCAGAGACAGACUGAAGCUGGAUCAUCAGACUGGAUCUCUGACCAUCACAAACACCAGAAACACAGACUCUGGAGAUUAUGAACUGAAGAUCAACAGCAGCAGAUUCAGCAUCAUUAGGAGCUUCAGUGUUUCUGUCACUGGUUCAGGUCUGUCUCCAGGUGCUUUAAUAGGAAUAGUUGUUGCUGUUCUGCUGCUCGCUGCUGUUAGUUUGAUUUACUGUCACCACUGGAGAUCUAGAAAAAGAGGAGUAUGGUCUCCCACAAGAAGUGGCCCUUAAUCAGACUUGGACUCCACAGAUGAAGCUAAUGGGAUAUCCCUAAUCGGACAAUGGCUGCAUUUACCCUGCAAGUCUUAAUGCACAGAUCCGAUCUUUUGACCACAUCCGAUUUUUUUUGGCCAGCGUGUUUACAUUCACUUCAGACACGACUGGUAUCCGAUAUCUGUGUUUACAUUAAUUCCCGCCCAAAAUGAUUGUCAUUGAUAGCUUUACAUGCACAUGGUAGUUCCUCGGGUUUUGAAUGGCCGUGCUAUUAAAAUUAUUUAUAUAUUUCACGUAGGGUGUUCAUGAUUACCUGCCAGAAUGGAUCCGUUAACAGCUGUCAGUGUCAUGGAUCUUUUGCCAUGCAAUUUCUUUGAAGGAAAUUUCUUUCAAGGAAAAAAUGGAUAGACGUAGAAAGUUUCUUCCUCAAUAAUAAAAUGUUUAGUGUGAGUGCAUACAGACAGGUCUGCUUAAUAAUACAACAUUAAAGCUACCUUUUAGUCAGCAAACGUGUUGCCCUCGCCUUGUGAUGGCUUGUAUUUCCAAUGGGAAUCGGAUAUGCGUGUUUAGACAUAGGUCGCAUGUCUAGAGAUCGGAUAUGUAUCUGAUUUAAAACCACAUUUGGAAGUGGCUCAGAUCGGAUGUGAAAAAAUCUGAUCUCGUGCUUAUUUUUGUGUUUACACGUGUGCAACUAAUUCAGAUCGGUGUCAGAUGUGAGCAAAAGAUCGGAUUUUUAUGUGCCAGUGUAAACGCAGCCAGAGUCUCCGCAGAUGGUUGUCGCUGAUGGUUUGUCCUUAAUCAGACAAACAUCCCUUGUUCAGAAUUUGAGAUGUUGAUUAGGUUCGUUAUGUGAAGUUCUUGUCAUGUGAGGACUGAUGGAGACCUGCGGGGAGUUCAAGAAUAUUAUCACUGUGUGAUGGAAAUGAUCGUCUGCACUUGAACAGGAAAAGUUAAUCAGAGCUGUUUCCUGCACUAACUGAUUAAACGGAGAUGUCAAAAAGUAACUUUUAUCUUACAAUUUAAGAGUCAGGCUCCACCAUCACUCAAUCACAACGCACCCCGUCACUUGAACACUAAUCACGCACACCUGCACGUCAUCAGCACACUCAUUCCCGGCAGUAUAAAGGACUCUCAUUCAGACACGCUCAUCGUCCAGUCUCGUUAGCACCUUACCUGAAUGCUUACCUCACCUACAUAACUGUUGUUCACCUGGAUGUAAAAAUAAACACCUUACUUUUAUACAUCCCG